AUGGCGACCUGCAGUGGAUGUACAUGCGCCAGCGAAUGCCCAGCUUGUGGCCCCUCAGGGACUGGCUGUGCUUGCCCAAAGAACCAAUGUAACUGCCAGAAAUGCGUCAACAGCGCACAUUCAAAGAAGUGCUCUUGCGCUGGCACAGGGGAAAAUUGUGAAUGUUCUAAGCAGGGUGAUGUGUGUGCUUGUGAGUCAAAGUGAUGAUUCCAAUUAGGAUGGAAGAGGCGACCGUCGUGGCCGUUCAAAGUAUUGUACAAUGUCGGUUGAUAUAUUGCAAGAGAAAC